GUUAGGGAACAAGCUGAGGCAGAGGAGGAGGAGGCUGCAGAGGAUGCAGGAGCAGAGGAGGAAAGACCUCGGCCUAAGCCCAUGGUUCCACAACUUGCCCCUCCAAAGAUUCCAGAGGGUGAGCGGGUUGAUUUCGAUGAUAUUCACCGAAAAAGGAUGGAGAAGGACUUUCUGGAGUUACAGACUUUAAUCGAUGUCCACUUUGAGCAGAGGAAGAAAGAGGAGGAAGAACUGAUCGGUCUCAAGGAUAGAAUUGAGCGUCGGCGAGCAGAAAGAGCAGAGCAGCAGCGUGUUAGAGCAGAGAAAGAAAGAGACCGACAGACGAGGAUCGCGGAAGAGCGUCAGAGGAAAGAGGAUGAGGAGGCUAAGAAGAGAGCAGAAGACGAGGCCAAGAAGAAGAAGGUUUUGUCCAAUAUGGGGGCAAACUUUGGUGGCUUCUUAGCCAAGGCAGAGCAGAAACGUGGGAAGCGUCUUACUGGACGAGAGGUCAAGAGAAAGACUCUUUCAGAGAGGCGCUCUCCUCUCGGCAUCGAAAAUCUGCGAGAGGAUGGGUUGAGGCAACGAGCUCAGGAGAUGUGGAACUGGAUUCACCAGCUGGAGUCCGAGAAGUUUGACCUCCUGGACCAAAUGAAGAGACAGAAAUAUGAGAUCGUUGUUCUGUUGAACAGGAUUUCCCAUGCUCAAAAGUUCAAAAAAGGACAUGGUAAAGGAAAGGUCGGAGGUCGCUGGAAAUAAGAAAUUGGAAAAAUAAUGAAAGCCACCAUGGAUUUUGCUUUUGACUCUUCUGACAAUUUCACAGCCGUUGCAAGAGAAUAACAGUUCUGAACAGUCCUCUCAAAUCUGAUGUGCUUGCAUUAGAUGAAUCACUUAUGUAUUAUUUUCAUUCGCAAGGAACUUUGGAUAAAAGCAUCUGCUAAAUUAAUAAAUAAGUAAAUGAAAAAUG